CUCUAUUUCAGUAGACUCCAAGCCCCCAAUCCUGGAUGGGGUAUUGCUUGUGAGUCAUCCAAGUAAAAUACAUGUUUGCAUCACAUCUCGAAGAACCACAGUUACAACAGGAAGCACUGCUUGCUGCAAUCAGUGAAAAAGAUGCAAACAUUGCCUUGCUUGAAUUGUCUGCUUCAAAGAAGAAGAAGACACAAGAGGAAGUAAUGGCUCUUAAGCGAGAGAAAGACAGAUUAGUGCAUCAGUUAAAACAGCAGGUCUGUAGAAAUAGGAAACAGCCCCUGAGCAUGAACAUAACAUCCAUUUGUGAUGCUGACUUCAUCACAGACAUUGCUGCCAAGUACCUGGGUUCCAGCCAUGAUGUACAUAUGUCUCAGACACAGAAUAGAAUGAAACUGAUGGCAGACAAUUAUGACGAUGACUAUCAUCACUACCACCACCACCACCAUCACCACCACCAUCGGUCUCCUGGGAGAACCCAGCACUCAAAUCACCGACCCUCUCCAGAUCAGAUGAUCCUGCCACUGUUGGAGGCACAUAGCCACGGCAAAUCUCGCGCUGUACAUUGAUCACCUGUCCAACCUUUGCCUAGAGUGUGAUUCCCAGUUCCUUCAAGAGAUCCAUCUUUACCUGUCUAUAAAGAGGAGCAGGAGGAGUGAGACAUCUGGGAUAACCACAUAUCAAAGUUUAACACAAGAGCAGGUUGAAUCUUAAUUUUAUAUUGUUUUCUAAAUCAGUUGCCAAUACUGAUUUAAAUAUUUGCUGAUGAUUUUCCCUUGGCGCGUAUUGUAAUGUCAUCAGACAGAUUACAUCAUGUGAGUUUUUUGCCAGUUUAAAAAUUCCUUGUUUAAAAUCCCCACUUACCCAAAUGAUGCAUACAUUUUUCACAGCCCCACAGUGUGAAACUGAAUCCCAGGUCAGUCCAGCAAGUUUAAAGAAAUCAGUUAAUGAUGAUCACAUUUAGUGAUGUCUUUGAACAUGUCUAUUGCAAACAUGCCUUAAACAAAGAAAUGAUUUGUUAAGAAGUUCAAAAAUGUGGAGGUUUUGUUAUUCUUAUACCAUCCUCUGCUUACAUAGUUGAAUGCAGGAUCUUCAACAAGUACACUCAUUUGCUCCAGGCAUAUUAAACUUACAUUUCUUACUUAUUCUUUCAUAAGAACUUUGCUAUGUACAAAACAGACAGGGUUUCACUAACUAUCCUAAGGACUGUCUGUCCAGGAGUUUAGCACAGGCCACACACAAUUCUGGACUAUGUCCAGCUUUUUUCCCUAAGCAGGCUGUGAACCUGUGACCUUAGGAGCCUCAGGCAAGAGGGCUACCUACUGAGCCACCAAUACCCAGGUCAUCAAUAAGUUUUAAAUGCCAGUUGCAGACUUUGUAGAGAUAAUGACUUCAGUGUGUAAAGGUUUUGUUGUGGAGACCACAGUGUCACAUAUGGUGUGACAGAGUAAAUAUGCUGAAGCUAUUUUAGAUCUGUUGUGGAACUGAACUGUCUUCAUAUAAAAGUUUUGAUAGUACAUUUCCAUUCAUGAGAUAUUAUUGAAAGUGACACUGAUGUAUAGGCUUAGGCCCAGAUUGUAGAAAUUGUUAAAAGAAGGGUUAGCAAAAACAGAAAUGUUUUCAUGAAAUUGUUAGAGUGGAAAUUUCAGUGUAAACAGUUUUUGUUUGGAUUUAAACAUUUUCCUUCAGGAUUUGCAACCCACAGAGUACAAUGUUGUGCUAGUGAACAAGAACCAGAAUAUAAAAACAGUAACCGAGAACCAGAUAAUGAAAGUGAUGAGUCGAUUUUUAUUGUGUUUGUUAAAUGAAAUGCAAAGAUUAAACAAGAAAAAACUUUGAGAGGUUAGACUUAAAAAAUUAUUUAAAUCUAAUAUAGGCUGAACCUCUCUGGUCCAUGAUCACAGAUGUUCCAGACCAGAGAGCCCCUGGAUCAGAGAGUGCCAGUGGUAGAGGCUGCUGGCAGUUGAACCAAUCCUGCAGGCUGACUAUCUGCAGGGUUUGUGGGGCUGGGGACAGGGAAGUCUGCAGGACCAGGGACAGCAGAGCCCGCAGAACCCAUGGGGCUGGUGGACAGCAGAGCCCACAGGGAUGAGGGGCAGUGGAGCCGGGAGAGUUUGUGGGUAGUGUAACCCACAGAACUGACAGAGUCGGGGGCAACGGGGCCAGUGGGGCUGGGGGCAGCAGAGCCCAUGGGGUGGCCAGAGUUGGGAGCAGUGGAGCCAGCGAGCAGUGGGCAAGCAGAGCUGGGGAUAGCGGAGCCCAUGGUAGCAGGGCUGGUGGAGCUGGAGAUAGCAGAGCCUGUAGGGCUGGCAGGCUGGGUGCAGUUGAGUGGAGUGUCAGCAGAGCAGGGAGACUGGCGCACACAGAUCCUGGAAGCCUGACCUCCCUUGGUCUAGCAAACUCCCUUGUUCUGAACCAGUCAGGUCCUGAAGGAGCCAGACCAGGGAGGUCCAACCUGUAAUUCAAUAUGACAUUAGUAACACAAGUAAAGACAUUUGUUUGUUUUAAAAUAUUUUAACUUGAGAGUAUCUCUGUAUUAUAUGUUCUUGUCUUGUUCAGAUAAAAGAUAAAAUUACCCCAGAUGAAGUCUUAAGAUUUUUGGUCUAAUUCUAUAUUCUUAAUAUUCUCCAUUUCCAAUUUAGUAUUUAGGAAAAAAUAAAUAAAAGGUGUAUGAGAGUUUAGAUAAUUCUCAUUCAUUUACUGUUAUUAUUAAUCAUGACUAUUAUUAGGACCCUACCAAAUUCAUGGCUGUGAAAAAACAUGUCACAGACCGAAAUCUGAUCAUUUGUGUGCUUUUGCCCACAGAACAUACUAUUGUGUGGCAAGACGACUAUGCACACAGUAAAUAAAUGGGAGAGACCAUUGUUUCUCAAAAUGGGGGUCCUGACACAAAAGGGGGCCAAAAGGCCUUUGAGGGGAAGAGGAGUAUUAUCAUCCUUACUUCUGAAUUGCUACUUGCAGCAGCACUGCCUUCAGAAUCUGUCAGCCAUAUACUAGGCAGUGCAAUCUAUUUAAAUGAGUUAAUGUUUUUGAUACUUUCAAUGUAAACAGUUUAAGUUUUUUAUAAUAGCUUCAUAGAACAAUAAGCAUUAUGUAUGAACCUAGGAAACUUGACUAGAUCACUAGCAUUAUCAAAUUAAUUUUAAUUUUUUCAAUAUUUCUGAUUAGUUAAUACUAGGGGGCUGCACCCACUGCUCACUACACUCAUCAACUUCCCUUUCUCUGGGUGUAGGCAGCCCCAGCUUUCUCCUCAGCCCCUGGGGAGGGCCAGAGCUUCACCAGCCUUGUCUCUCGCCCUCCCACCCAGCUGCUGGGAAGGGCCGGGCCAAGGUCUCAAAGUGGCAGCCCCAGCUCUUGCCUCUGGCCCUUGAGGAGGGCUGGGGCCACAGUGCAGCAGUCCCAGUUCUCCACGUGGGCCCUGUAGGGGGAUGGCUGCGAGUGGGUGGGUUUUGGCUUCUGUGGAUACAGAGUGAUGUGAUGAAAUCACUCUGUCCCUCAGGAAACAUUUUUUUAUAUAUAGAUAUAAGUAUAUGUUUUCUUUAUUUAUGCUACACUUGAGCCCAGACCUGCACAUGCUUAAUAACACACACAAUUCUGAUUAAUGCAAGCAGCCUUAUUGACUUGUGUACGCCUGUGAGCAACUCUCUGCAAUAUUAGGGUAGGUUUUUUGUUGUUGCACUAAUAUGUUAGUUUUCAUAAUGACAGCUGAGAAAUAUGGUUAAAAUUUCUUGAGGGCUGUAGCUGGGAUAACAUUAGAACUGUAGAUUUGCUUGAUAGUCUUUCUGUUAUUUUGUAUGUCUGCUCUGAAUACUACAAGAAAACAAGUGAUGUGCAACAUUUUUGUUACUUUUGCUCCAGUAGAUACACACUUAAUUUGGUAUCUGAUAUAAUCUAAUAAAAUAUA